GCGAAAUGUGCGUAAACGUCUUUAACGGUCAAACCCCGUUUAUCAAGAGGAAGAAUUUGCGUCUUGUGUUAAAGUUAAAUACACUUUAAAAUAUGCAUUAAAGUGUAAUGAUGAUUACCAGAAGCCUUGCCAGGAUUUUCCGGCAUGGCUUCAGCUCACCGGUGUUGUCUCUGGUUACCCACACCGCUCCUUCUCCUGCUGCUGGUGCGGUGGCCCGGGCUGCUGGUGGCCGCAGAUCAGGUCGCUUUGGUGGAGGUUUUUCUGGAGCAGCAGUCCGCUGCCAGCGCCCUUCUCCAGGGGGAGGUGAUGGAGUCUAGCCGGGCCGACUGGAGCUCAGAGACCCGGGACGAAGAGCAGGAGGAGCUGGAGGGUAACCUGGUGUUGGUUCGAGAUCACGAGGCACAACCGAGUGGAGGCAGAGAUGAGGACAACACCCACCAGCAGGAGCCCUGGAUCGGGGUGGUACCCGUGGAGAUGGAUGACAGCAAAACCUCCACUGGGAACCAGGAGUCAUUUGCUGAUGCAGUGGUUAAUAGAAUGAAGCGAGCUUUGGUCCUUGGAGCGUCAGCACUGAUCAUCCUGGCUCUCAACCAAAACACAAUCAGCGAGAUGGAUUUGUCUCAGGUGCUGUCCAAGCCCAUCAUUGUGAUCCAGACAUCAGAGAACGUCACUAAGCUGAUUGGAGCUCUGCUAAGGGGUCUUCGGGCGACAGCAAAAAUCACAUAUGAGACGAUUCUACAGGACAACUUGGGAGCCACGCUCACCCUGUGGUCCAGCUGCGGCCGAUCGAGAGGAGGUCUGUACGGAGAGUGGCAGGGGGUCAUCUGUACGGGAGAGACCAACUCUCAGGUCCAGAAGUACCUGCAGCAGCUGUGGGACACCGUCCUCCUGGUGGCUCUGAUCCUCUGCACAGGAGUCAUCGUUCAGGCUCGCUGGCAGUUCCAGGACCACCAACUGAAUGACAACUUAGAGCUUCUUCCCAAGCAGGAUGUUCUGAAGAGAAUGUCGUCGCUGAAAACCAAAACGUACCGUCAGCCCAAACCCUGGUGCGACCCGACCCAGCAGACUGAGACGGAGAACUGUGCAGUCUGUCUGGAGCCGUUCAACAACAACCAGUGUCUGCGGGUGCUGCCGUGUCUUCACGAGUACCACAGGGAGUGCAUCGACCCCUGGCUGUUGCUGCAGCACACCUGCCCUCUGUGCAAACGCAGCAUCCUCAGCAGCGUCCGCAGAGACAGUUAACAGUCGUUUCCCCUCCUGCAGACCUCAUCCCAACUCUUCCUCCUUCCAGCUGUGGAUUCUGGGAGCAGAUCUUACCUUCAGGCAGCAGCCGAUCAGCCUCAUUCUCGCGGACACGCGCUGGUGUGCGACCCUCAUGGAGCACAUUCCUUUUGUCUGUGAGCAGAAGUGGUGGAGGCUCCUAGAUGUAAUCUGCUGACCAGGUUCUCGUGUUCAGGGAGAACAGCAGGAGCAGCUCCACCUGCUGCUCAUGUCCACAUUCGAUCGUUUGGAUGGCGAAUGUUCUUCCAGAAAGCUGCUGUCCCUUCAAAAUCCCCUAAUGUCUGUUUGUUUACAUCUUUGGAUUGUAAUAAUAAACCGAUUUGUUACUUGGCAAAAAUAAAAGUCUAAUUGUUUAUCA